AAGUAACAGAUUUUCGUCUAACUACUCUGUCAGAUAAUUCGCAGACACUCUGUAUUUUAUUUCUUGUUUUCCUUCUGAUCUACAUGAAUACUCUUAUAAUAAACUCCCUAAUUAUCAUCUUGGUUUUCACAGAUCUCCACCUUCACACCCCCAUGUACUUCUUUCUUGGAAACCUGGCAUUUUUGGACAUGUCCUUAUCGUCAGUCACUGCACCAAGGAUGCUCUCUGACUUCAUCACCACAAAUAACUCCAUAUCCUUCCCUGCUUGUAUGAUGCAAAUAUUUUUCCUAAUAUAUUUUCUAGCUACAGAGCUUUUGCUGCUGGGUGCCAUGUCUUAUGACAGAUUUGCUGCAAUCUCCCACCCUCUACAUUACAUUCACAUCAUGUCCUGGAAAGUGUGUUCACAGCUUGCAUCUUUGAUUUGGGUUUCUGGCUUCUUUUACUCCUUGGUACAUACACUUUGUUCUCUGAGACUGACAUUCUGUGACUCAAAUGUUAUCCAAAACUUUUUUUGUGACCUUCCUCACUUAUUCCAAAUUUCAUGUACUGACACUUUCAUCAACUUGCUUAUCACUGUUACUUUUGGAGGAUCCCUGUUACUAGUGGCCUUUGCUAUAACUUUUAUUCCGUAUGCUCGUAUUUUCAUCACUAUUAUGAGAAUCCGGACAAAAGACGGAAAGCUUAAGGCUUUUUCCACCUGCACAUCUCACCUUGCUGUGGUCUCUAUUUUCUAUGCUUCCCUUAUUUUCACUUAUUUUGUACCUACCACGUCUCUGGUAGAUUUGUACAAGAUUGUGUCUGUAGUUUAUGCUGUAAUUAAUCCGUUGCUUAAUCCUCUAAUUUACAGUGUGAGGAAUAAGGAUCUUAAGGCAGCUCUGACAAGGGCACUGCGUUACACAUCUUUGUUAGGAGGAACCUAGUAAACUGUGAUCUCAUUCAUUGACUAUGUUUAUGAUGUUGUUUGGGUCUUAAUUAUUUUCUCAAACAUAUCUAUUUCUGGGCACUCCAGGUACCAAUACAUUUUUAAUGCAGUUUGAUUAGAUUUUGACUUCAUUAAUAUGCUGUCUUUUUUUGCAUUCUCAAAUCUUUAUACCACCAUAGGCUUGCCUCCUUAGCCACACCCCCUCAUUCCAGAAAAAAGACUUCCUUAUCAAAAGCAUGUACACAACUCAGCCACAGAUAGUACUGAAUGUUCUGAACAACAAAGCAACCUGCAUUAAAAGGAGAGGACACCCAAGGAGACAUAUAGGCUGUCUGCAGCCUGGUUGUUAAUCAAAAGCAGUUCACUGCUGGGGCUGAGACUGUGUGCAUACAUAGGGGUAUGGCUAAAGAGACAGGUUUAUGGUGCACAAUUUUGCAUGUAUUUUUUAUUUAUUUAUUUAUUUAAGAUUUGAGCAUAGAAAAAAUAAAGCAUAUCAAUGAGGCCAAAAUCUAUCAAACUGUAUUGGUGCCUGGAGUGUCCCUACAUAUAAGAUAAGAUGUAUAGUGUGCAUGUGUGUUAGUGUGAGCAUGUUCAUGUGGUUAGCUGCCUCUUUCAAGUACCUAUAUAAUAUUUAUAUACAUAAAAAAUAAAUGUGUAUAUAUUGACAGCUAGGUUUCUUUCUUAAUGUGAAAUUAAUAUUAAUAAAUACAUUUAAUUUGCUGCUGAUCACUACUAAAAACAAAGUAUAAAAGGUACAUUUGAAGAGCAACAUAUACAUACAUAUAUGUAAAUUAUUAAUUAAGCAAGACAUGCACACUAUAAAAAAGACAUUCACUGUAUUUCAGUAUUGUACAUGUGGUUACAUUACUAUAUUUGAAGUUCCAAAGCUGCCACAGUAAACAACAGUGAUGAAUCUUUUAACUCUGUACAGUGAGAAGACUCUGAGUGAUUGAUUGCCAAGAGUAGUAUAGGAGAUCAUCUUAUUUAAUUGUAUAUAAUUAUGUUCUUAACAAAGACCAUAUAGACAGUUAUUGAAUGUAUGUAUGUACAUAUAUAUAUAUAUAUAUAUAUAUAUAUAUAUAUAUAUAUAUAUAUAUAUAUAUUUAUAUAUAUAAAUAUUAUAGGGUGCUGUUGGGGCCUAUUUUGUAGGACCUGCCAAGAAUGGGGUACAUUGAGGUUGUGGCAGGCUUAUGCAAUGUAUGAUUAUAUACAACUAAACCCCCAUUAUUUUCUGCAUAGGUGAGGUGUUUUUAAAUAAAACUAUUACAAUCUGUGAGACAUUAAAUUGCUGUUUAGUGAAUGAGCAAGAGCACUGGUACAAAAUACGAAAGGGGAAAAGGAGGGUUGGCGCUUAAUUACAAGAUAAGGCAGCAACUUUAAAAGGGAAUCCCUCAAAACCAUUAAAACGGAAUGGGAAAAGAAAAGAGUAAAAAAGUUGCGCCAGAUAAAAUAAAUAAAUAAAAAAGAAACCACAAAUAAAAAUAGUCCAAUAUAAAAGAGGAAAUCCAGUAAAUAUAAAAUGAGUCUUAGCUGAGUAGAUCUUCAUUAAGUGAGGUGGUCUAUACAAUGGUGAAUCCGGGACAAUGUCCUCACUAUCCUUCCUCAGAUGGAUCCAAUAUGUAAAGAUAAAACAGAUGACCAAAAUAGUGUAGUAUGUUCACUAGGGUAUGGCAGACAAUAUAAAAGAAAUAAUAUAGCAUUCACAUUUGAUAGAGCUAAGCUAGCUCUAGUGUGGAAAGCAUACAGCGAUUUAGAUCCCCGCUUGUAGGAUAUGGUGCAGCUUUCUUUUUCUUCAAGGGUAGGUGCCACUGAAAUAGAAUAAAAAGACACAACCAAUAGUGCUCUCUGUUUAAAAUAAAUAGAAAUAAAAGAUAGUAAAAAUGGUACUCACAAGAACGGAGCAGGCUAUCUGCUCCUAAGUAUUGGCUUAGGUGGAAUAAUCCCCACCAAGGAUUGCUUGGAGUCCAGAAGUCAAAGGUGCCAGGUGGAAGUAGAAAAUAUUAAAUAUCUAAAGAUGAUUGGUACAACCAAAAGAGUGACCAAAAAAUCUUUAAUAGUUAAAAUAUACAAUAUUAAUAUCCAAAAACGUGUUUCGCCUAUAAUGGCGUUAUCAAUAUGGAAUAAGCAAUAUAUAUAUAUAUAUAUAAAACAGAGCAAACUCUUUUAAAGUAAAUAUUUAAAAUAUUUACCAUUUAUUAUUUGAAAUAAAUGCUAGAGAGAAAAAAAUAUAUCUGUCUGUCAGUGUAAUAUAUAGGAAAUGCGCUGUUAUGUUGCUCGAGAAGCUUGCAUACAAUAUUAAAUACUGGUUUUGUUUCCUCUUUGUUACAUUUUAUUUUUUCAAUCUGUCUAUAACCUGAGCUCUGAAUUGUUAAAAUACAACUGUGAGGACUUUUUCAUAUAAAGUGGAUUUUUUUUUUUCAAUUACAUUCUACACAAUUAAUUAAUUUUCAUCCCUGUUUAGUAUAUGAUAUAUGGAUCUUCACAUCAAUGCAUUAUGGCGAUCUAGCACUAUAAAAUAAUAAUAAUUCUUAUUGGGAAAGAAAUGUGACUAUGCAUAUGUUUGUUGGCAGAGGAGAAGAGUAUCAUUUUUAUUUUAUUUUUUUAUCGUCAGUUCUUGCAGUAAAAUAAAUAAAUUGAUUGUGCUUUGAGCAAAAAAAAGAGAAUAAUAUUUUUUCUAUUUCUAACUGUAAGUAUGCUUUUUCUUAAUCAUAACUAUCAGAUCAUAACACACUUGAAGGUAAAGGUUGGCAUAGUAUUUGUAUAGUUUUUUUAUUAAUGAAAUCUGAGUAAAUUUCAGCAACUGUCUUUAGAAAACUGACCAGAAAAUAGAGAUUUUUUUGUUGAGCAUCUACCUAAUGAAAGUGUGCAAAAUAUGUAUAUAUUAAGGGUAAUCCCUAUUUUCUCGAGGUCUCGUCCUAGAAAAAUUAAUUUGGGGGAUAUUCUUUUCUUUUUGUUGCGGUUGAUCAUUUAUUCUUUUAGAUCUUCGUUUUUUCUCAACCCUUUGAUACUGACUACUAUAGGAAUCCCUCCUCUGUGGAUAUGUCUUGUCUCUAAAUGAAGGGGUUAAUAUUUUCUUAUCCUGUCUUUGUUGAGGAUAAUCCUUCUUUUUAUUUCUAUUAGGUGUCACCCUAACUCUAUUGUUGGUAUAAUCAUUUAGAUCUCUAUUAAACUUCUUUUUCUUAUUUAAUAUUACAGAAUUCUCAAUUUUCUCAAUUCUAUGGCUGAUUUUUUCAGACAGGCUUUCAAAGUCUUUAGUCACAACGAAGAGUUCUAACUUAGUUUUUAUCCCCCUAAUCAUUUCAUCUAUUUCUAACAGAUUAUCCUUUCUUUCCUUUAUAACAAUAUUAAUCAUAGUAAUGGAAAAGGAUUCUAGGGCUGAGGUCCAUAUCUUGAUAAAAAUUCUCCUUUUCACGAUUAAAGGUAAGAAAUUUCGUGAACCUUAACCCCCUUGGGGUGAUUUCCCUUUCAAGAUAUUUUUCUAGAGUGAAAAUCUCCCAUUUUAUCUUUACUUCUCUUAUGAGUCAUUUCUCAAGUUGAAACAUACUUUCAUCCACAUUGUCACUUAAAACAAUUUCUGGUUCUAUUUUAUGUUCUUCCCUGCCAAAUCUUUCUUGUGCAAAUUUUCCCCAAUUUUGUCUUUGUUCAAAAAUAGACAUGUUCCCAAGCAAUCCAAACAAUAUGGUGACAAAAACAAGAACAAAUAAUACAAAUUGUAUAGGUGGUGCUCAGGGAAACAAAUACACGGUGCUGCUAAGAUUACCCGAGUAUAGCAUCACCACACAUACUCAAUUGUAACCAAACAACUCAACGUACAGGAACAGAGAGGUGGAGGGCCCUGCUCAAUGAGCUUACAUGUGACUGUGCGUUUAUAUUUGUGUAUAUGAGUUCAUGUGCAUAUAUGUAUUUGUGUGUGUAUGUAUAAAGUGUAUAUAUACAUGAAUACAUGUAUGUAUAUGUUAAUAGGUAUAUGUGUAGGUACAUGUAUUGGUGCUUUUGUGUGGAUGUAUGUGUAGGUGUGCAUGUACAUAUAUUUGGGCAUUUGGUUGUAUUUAUAUGUAUGUUUAUAUGUAUAUUGUAUGUACUUGUAUAUAGUGUGUAUACUUGCACAUAUGCACUACUUGUGUAUAUGUACAUGAGUGUGAGUGUGUACGUGUGUCUGUAAAUGCUGGAUAUAGGCCUUCAUGCAUAUCCUGUAACUCUUGGAUGGGAAUUUAUAUAUUCUUUAUUAAAGCGGCACUUUCAUGCCGAACUUACCUUUUCCUCUUCUCUCCCUCUCUCAAGAUCUGUUCUUCAUUUCUUCCUGUCUGCUCUAGUUUUCUUAAAAACAUAAGAUAAAGUGGGGAUUACCUUGUCUUAUGGAGGUUUCCUACGCCUGACCAUCUCUGACCAGCGGAGGAGCAAAGUGUGCUCCAUUUCCUGUGGUCAGAUAAAUUUCCCCACAAUUCUUACCUUUGAUCAGUGAUCUCACGAUGCUUCCUGUCAGUAUUCCUGAACGUCCUGUCACUUAGACAGAAUUCUGGCGAAACCACUGAAUUUCGUUCUAACAGAAUGAGAACAGUUUGUUCAUUUAUGUUAGGACACAAUUUGGGACUUUGUUCGGAUCAGAAUUUCAUUUGAAUGAGUGAAAUUCCGAUCCUAUUCAUGCCGAGGCUGCAUCUUGCAGCCGUUUAGUAGAUAACCCCCUAAUUCCCACGAUAUCAGGGAGCUAUCUACUAAAAGGCUGAAAGUGUACAAAUACUACCUGGUGACUAGGGGACCCCAAGCCCCCCGAGCCCCCACCCAUGCUGCGCGAGUGGGUGCUAUUAAAUUGAAGGGGGACCUAUUGCCCCCCCUUGGCCCCACCCAUGAGAGGCAGGUGGGGGCCCUAAAUGAAAAUGUGGGGGACCUAUUGUCCUCCCCCCCUGGGCCCCACCCAAUAGUGGCAGGUGGGGGUCCUAAAUGAAAAUGUGGGGGGGACCUAUUGUCCUCCCUCCAGCCCCCACCCCUGAGUGGCAGGUGGGGGCACUAAAUAACAAUAAGGGGGGAACUAUUGUCCUCCCCCCAGCCCCCACCCCUGAGCGGCAGGUAGGGGCUCUAAAUAACAAUAAGGGGGGGACACCUAUUGUCCUCCCCUCGGCCUCCACCCCUGAGUGGCGGGUGGGUGCCAUAAAUAACAAUAAGGGGGGGCCUAUUGUCCUCCCCCCCGGCCGAUAGGUGGGAGCAAAAUGUACAAAUACACCCCCCUCAGUGACUAGGGGACCCCAAGCCCCUAGUCACCCCCCACCCAAAUAAAAUUAAAUCAAUCCCUACCUACCCCCCCACACCUUAAAAAUAAUGAGGGGGGGAACAAUAAAGCUACCUGGAAAAAAAAAUCAGACUUACUAUUAAAAGGUUUUUUUUCUAAUACCUUCUUUUCUCAGCCCCCAAAAAAGGCCAAAUAAAAAAAAACAUAAUACCCGUCGAACUUAUCAAAUAAAAAAAAAAACCUGAGCGCAAAAUAAAAAAUCUGCAGGAAAAUAAAAAAUCUGACGCUAAAAAUUAAUCCAUCUUCACCCAUGGAGGGCACGGCGCAGACUGAGCUUCUCAGGGUGGAGAAAGGCUCAUAAAGCCUUCCCACACUCUGGACUUGACUCCCCCAGUCCCCACCUAAAUAACAAAUAGGGUCGGAAUCUAUUGUCUCACCCCAACCCCCACCCCUGAGCUGCAGGUGUUGGCCCUAAAUAACAACAGGGGGGCCCUAUUGUCCUUCCCCUGGCCCCCACACCUGAGCGGUGGGUGGGGGGUCUAAAUCACUAUAAGGGGGGACCUAUUGUCCUCCUCCCCUGCCCCCACCCAUGGGCGAUGGGUGGGAGCAAAGUGUACAAAUACACCCCCCCUGGUGACUAGGGGACCCCAAGCCUCCCGAGCCCCCACCCAUGCUGCGCAAGUGGGGGCUAUUAAACUUAAGGGGGACCUAUAGCCCACCUCAGCCCCCACCCAUGAGAGGCAGGUGGGGGCACUAAAUAACAAUAAGGGGGGGAACUAUUGUCCUCCCCCCCGGGCCCCACCCAGUAGUGGCAGGUGGGGGUCCUAAAUGAAAAUGUGAGGGGGACCUAUUGUCCUCCCCCCAGUCCCCACCCCUGAGUGGCAGGUGGGGGCACUAAAUAACAAUAAGGGGGGACCUAUUGUCCUCCCCCCAGCCCCCACCACUGAGCGGCAGGUGGGGGCACUAAAUAACAAUAAGGGGGGACCUAUUGUCCUCUCCCCGGCCUCCACCCCUGAGUGGCAGGUGGGUGCCCUAAAUAAAAAUAAGAGGGGGACCUAUUGUCCUCCCCCCCAGCCCCCACCCAUGGGCAAUAGGUGGGAGGUAAGUGUACAAAUACACCCCCCCUCCCCAGUGACUAGGGGACCCCAAACCCCUAGUCACCCCCCACCCAAAUAAAAUUAAAUCAAUCCCUACCUACCCCCCCUCACCCUAAAAAUAAUACUUUACUGAGAGGGUAGUGGAUGCAUGGAAUAGCCUUCCAGCUGAAGUGGUAGAGGUUAACACAGUAAAGGAGUUUAAGCAUGCGUGGGAAAGGCAUAAGGCUAUCCUAACUAUAAGAUAAGGCCAGGGACUAAUGAAAAUAUUUAGAAAAUUGGGCAGACUAGAUGGGCCGAAUGGUUCUUAUCUGCCGUCACAUUCUAUGUUUCUAUGUAGAUUCCGGUGCUGCUGGAACAUUUAUUGACUCAACUCUUGUUUCAAAGAAUAAAAUUCCUUUUACUCAAAAAAACAUUUUGUCUCCCUCAGAGUGGUAGAUGGAUCUACCAUUUAUUCUGGUCCUAUUAAAAGUGAAACCAUUCCGCUAAAGAUGACUACUGCAAUUAAUCACAAUGAACAUGAUAUUGUUAAAUCACCAUUAUUUCCCGUCAUUCUUGGAAUGAAUUGGUUAAAACUUCAUAACCCUCACAUACAAUGGUCUCCUAUCUCUGUACAGCUCAAUUCUAAAUUUUGUAAAGAAAAUUGUUAUCCUCACCUUCCUCUGUUUCAAAUUACUGAGGAAACUAGGAUGCGUGAACAUUAUAAUGAAUUCAAGGAUGUCUUCAAUAAAACUGAAGCUGAGUCUUUACCUCCCCACUGGGUAUACGACUGUCCUAUUGAUCUUUUUGAAGCUGCUAUACAUUUUGGGCCUAUAUAUCCACUCUCUGAACCUGAAUUAAAGACUCUUAAAAAAUACCUUGAAGAAAAUUUGCACAAAGGAUUCAUCAGACCAUCUACUUCUCCUGCUGCAUCUGCUAUAUUCUUUGUUAAAAACAAGGACAACACUAUUCGUCCCAUCAUUGAAAACAGAGCAUUGAAAAAAAUAACUAUAAAUAAUAGAUAUUCUUUGAACACUGCUUAACACCGAGAGUAAAAACAUCAACUAAAAGUAAAAAGUGAACGAGAGUAAUAAGACCCAAAACGCAUUGCUAAGCUCUGGCACUUCCGAAGCUGCUCGGAGGUUUAAAUAUCAUGAGACAGAACGUGUAAUGAGUUCCAAACAUUCAUUAAGAAAAACUGAAUAAAAAGCUGGGAGAGGAGAGUUAAGUAACACGGGGAAAGAGAUCUAAUCACCGGAGUGUAGAGUCUGAAGAAAACAAACGAGCAAGAAGGAAGGGACAACAAAAAGUGAGUCAAACAGUGUCUGAAAAAAAUAUAUACAUAUAUUUAUAUUUAUAUAUAUAUAUAUAUAUAUAUAUAUAUAUAUAUAUAUAUAUAUAUAUUUAAGCUAUUUGAAAUACAAUUAAAGGAGACAAAAAAACUUCUACAAACAGACAAUCAGGAAAAAGGGAGGAAGAAAAAGGAAGGUGGGAAGAGGAAGGAAGGAAGAAAUAUUCAUUAAAAAACUAUUCGAAAUAUAAUUAAAGGAGCCUAAAGGGAUGAAGAAAAAGGGAGGAGGAAGGAGAAGGAGUGAUAAAAGAAAAGGAAAAAAGUCCUAUAAAUGUAAACUUUAAAAUGUCCACUAACAAGAAGAUAAAUGAAAAAGAAGGUCAAAGGAAAAUCAAAGCAGAAGAAAUCUGAAAGUUUAAAAUACUGCCUGAAGUAAAAUCACCGUUUAGUGAGAGGUGACAAACUCUCCUCUUUGUUUCCUUUGGGUUAGUUUUUCCCUACCUGGUCCUUUCCUUUUGUGUCCCCUGUUUGAUUUGCUGUAUUGUUUGCGCGACUGAAAGCAAGAUACAAAGUGGCCACAAAACAAAGCAAUGAAACAAAACAAACUGCUAAAAAAGAAAAAAGAAAUGUCAAACUAACAAAAGAAAAAACUUUAACAUCAAUGUUUUCACCUCAAAAUAGAAAAUGUAUUGGGAAAUCAGGCACGUCAUUGAGCCUAGAGUCUAAUAGCUGGAAUUUUCACAGCUGGUCAUCAUGCACCCAUGUCCUAUUUGGGAAAUUUUUUAAGCAGGCCAAUGUAAUUUACCCCCCUCAAACCAUAUAUUUCUGAAAGUCUGACACCCUAGGAUAUUUCAAAUGGUGGUAUUUUAAUACUUUCCAUGCACUAAUUCUACCACCAUUCUUUGUCAACCUUUUGGGUAGUCAUGUUUUUGUGUUAUUUUUCACACACAUUGUACUUUAGGCAUGGAUUCUUAGCUCCUGUUAUGUAUUACUACCAAAGAACACCCCAAUAUGUGUUCAGCAACAUCUCCUGAGUACAGUGACACCACCCAUGUACAAGUGUAUCGGGUUCUUUGGGGGCUAAAAGACCUUAUUUGGAGGUUGGGCAUUCCAGUUUUCCAACUUAGAAUUUUCACAGCUGGUCUUCAUACACCUGUAGCGGACUAGCCCCUGUACAAGAGUCCUCCCCAGUUUCAUGGAGGGGGUUGCUUGCUCGCCGCCUGCCCAGUGAUUAUGGUCCCUGGAAGAUGGGACCCUUUAAACACCAUGGCUGGGCUUAAUGGGAUUUUUGUAUGGCACUACUGGCCCUUUAAGAACCAGCCAAGGGCAUAUAAUAUAAUAUUGCAGAGACUUCGGACUAUAUAAAUUAUGCAGCACAGGACAUUGAGCUGUCUACCAAAAUUUGUGUAUUUUAAAAUGCUUUCAUGUAUUGCUAUUCCAUGAAUUCACCUUGUAUGCAGCAUUCGUCUGAUUGUUCGGUAAAAUCACUCCGUUUACUAUACAAGUGAAACUACCGAACAAUCAGACCACCCAAGGAAUAAGUGUGCCUCUCAUUACCGUUUGCAACAAUGUUGCAAACCCCUAAUUGACAAUUGGUACUUUGUUCUAUGGGUGGCCGCCAUUUGGGAGUUUUACACGUGGCGGCGGCCAUCUUAAUCUCCCGAACAGCGGUGUUUUGCCGUCGAGUGUCUGGAACUAAAAUCGGACACUCGACUAGGCAAACACUGCUGAGACCUCCAGACUUCCAUAAAUUCGUGCCUGUGACAGACCCAUCUGUAUGAACUAGAAUUGCUGUGUUCAUCUGUUUUGCCGUUUGUAUGAAUUUCCUCAUUCGUAUGCCUUGUUUAAGGGAAUGUAUUUUGUUUGUCGAACGGAACUACCGAACAGAUGGCCACCCAGAAGAGAAGUGUGCUGCUGGUUAACCUAUUGAUCCCAAUUAGAACGUUGCGGUUAACCACAGACACUUCUCAAUUAAAACAGAAUACAGGGUGGUCGUCGUUCGUAUGUCGACCACGAGGCAGCGGCCAUUUUAACUAUGCGAAAGACCAGCGGUGUUUGACGGUUAUUUUAUGGAACUAAAAACUGACACUUUUUCAACCGAACACCGCUGAAGCCGUCGACCUCCCCUUCUCAAUCGACAAAAGUAGGCGAAUACCGGCCGUUCGAGAGGUUUAAAGGCACGAAUGGACUUACCCCAGAUAGCCUUCCCAUGGAGUCAAUCGCAUACCCAAGAACUGUAAUAGACUUUGACUCCAUGGCGAUUGAACUAUGCGUAUGGGAUCUGAGCGCUAUUCGACAAUAAUAUGUACUCAGAUCCAGGCUAUCUGAGGAUGUGUUAUACGAAUGUAAUACGUUCGGCAGUUAUAAAGUUAUGUAUUUUAAUGUGUUUUGUAACUUAUAUUUAAAAUGGCGAUUUGUCUCUGUUCUGGGAGAUAAUUGAAUUACUUCUCAAUUAUCUCCCGAGCAGAGGGGAGGAAACUGUGAUGCAUGCUGGGAAUAUUGUGGGGUUGUAUGUCUAAAAGGUCCCCAUGUCCUUCUGUUAUUCCAGUCUCCCAUUUGGUACCCUAGGGGAUUGUCCACCAAGUGGGAGACCUGCAUAAAUACGGGCCGGUAGCCCACAGUAAACUCAGUUCGUGUUUUACCCUCAAAGCGGAGCUUGGUCUCGUUAUUGGGGGGAUUUUAUUACCGGCGACUAGAGACUGCUUACUGGAAUUAUUUGCCUCUUGGGAGAUAUUGGCGUUCGGCUAAUAUUGGCAAUUCGUGUAUUUGGAGCUCGUGAAGGGAAGGAGCCGUACAGGUACCGUUCAGGAGUUUGGAGUGUUCCCUGGCUGGCGGUUCGCAUGGUUAAACUGCAUACGCUACCAGACCACAUUAUUGCGAACGGGGAGCAUUCACUAAACGGCGGUUUGUACAUUUAUUACUGGAAGUACCGUAAUAGUGCCGAAACUACCGAACAAGUAGAAAGACUCAUCCGAACAAGGGGAUUCACAUGAAGGCAAGCAAGCCAUUUUAUUCUGUAUUUUCAUCUGUUUAUACUCACGAACCAAGACCGAGUAUGUUACUCACCCAGAUCAUGGCUACCAGGGGAUCCCCUAUUUAGGAGUGUACCCUAUGUAUUUGGGGUACAUCCAGGAACUAGGAAAUACUGUACAUGGAUUAAGUGGAUUAUGUGUCAUGCUGAGGGGAGGAGAUGUGUGGAAGGUAACAUGUAUUUUAUUGGUUACUGUAUUAAUUACUGUGGGUGUGUCCCUUGCAUGGGAGAAUUGCUUAAAAGCAGGCAUGUAAAAUUAAACCUCAGUUCAGUUCUGUUCCUAAUGCUGUGUGUCAUCCAGUUAUUGGGAAAGGUAAUGGGAUAUUCUUGGAUUGUAUUGCUGAUUGUGCUUGCUACGCUGUUGGAUUAUUCUAUUACUGUGGAUGUUUCUCCUGGGGUUACUACUUGUUCCUGAGCCACACCUGGACUACCAGCGGAAAUAGUCUGUGAGAGACCAGCGUUUCUCUACAGCACCCAUUCCUAAUUAGGACAUUUUUUAAGGCGGCCAAUGUAAUUUACCGCCAUCAGACCAUAUAUUUUUUUAAAGUAGACACCCUAGGGUAUUUCAAAUGGUGGUAUAUUAACACUUUCCAUGCACUAAAUCUACCACCAGUCUUUAUAAAACUUUUGGGUAGUUUUUUGUGUUAUUUUUCACACAUAUUGUACUUUAGGCAUUCAUUCCCAGUUCCUGUUAUGUGUUGCAUAAAAAAUGGCAUACCAUUUUUAAAUGAAGGCAACCCAGGGUAUUUAAAAUGGAGUAUGUCCAGUCGUUUGUAGUAGCCACUGGCCAAAGUUAGCGUUUUUAUUUGUUUUUUGCAUGUUUUUACACAAAAACUGCACUUUUACUGGAGAUUUAAUCGUCGUGAUAAGUUUUACUGAUUUAUAACACUCAUAUUUGUGUUCAGCGAACUCUCCCGAGUAUAAAAAUAGCCCACAUGUACAGGUUUUAUUGUGUUUUUUUUUUUUAUCAUUGCAAUUUAUUGUUUUACCUUCAGUUAAUACAUCUGCGAUAUUUCAGAUUAACAUUGUCACAUCCUUCAGUAUACAGUGUUAAACAGCAUUAAUACACGUGCUAUAUCAAACAUCCUUACAUACAUUAUAUCAUACAGUGUUCCAUAUAUUUUCCCCUGUGUUGUUGUGUACCAUAGUGACUGGCAAAUCUAUACCCAUCAAUCGCUACAGUUGUGGGGUAAAGGGUAGGGAGGGCGGUACCCUCUCUCCUGUCUGCGUAAGUGAGGUGUGAGGCCUUCUAUGUGUUCCCUGUUGUGGGGGAUACAGAGUUAGAAGUGGAUGUGAGAAAACUCGUAGCCGGAGUGGUAUGUUGGCAGAUGAGCGCAGUUAAUGUCUAUUCGUGGUGCGUACAUUUAAACUAAAAUAAGAGAAAAAACAUACAUGUCCAUGAGUAAAGGGUGCAAAAAUGCUCACAAUCCUAAGAGCUGUAGGACAGGAAAAAGACUGAGGGACGUUAUGCAGGGAUACUCCUUUUAAAGGUUUUGUUUUAUUCCUGUCCUAUCGGCUGUCAGGGGAGGAGCUAACUCACGUGUAUAUGCUGCCAUGAUUAGCCAGGAAAUAUCAUAUAUCUUAUUUUAAUAUACUAUAUCUACUUUGUGACCAUCUGCCUAAAUUUAAGCAAUUUUGUAUCUUUUUCUUUUUUUUUUACUUUUCCUGCCUUUCAUUUUACUAUAAAAAAACAGAAACAAAAAAGCAAAAAAUAUAAAAGAAAAUAAAGACUAUACACAGAUACAUAUAUACAUUUGUUUCUCUUCUAGGAAGACAGGAAAGAAGACAGGGAAAAAAAAAGAUCAAAUACCUUAGUAAAUCUAACUGAUACCAUAAGUCUUGAUAUAUAUUUAAUUAUUUUCAUUACCUAUCUCUUCUACCCUUAUUAAUCUAUAUUAUGACAGUGUUCCCGUGUUCAUAAAAAUUAUCAUUUUCAACUAGAUAGGGAAAUUACUUAUUCCUCUCUUCUCUUCUUUCCCCCUCGCCCCCCUCCCCCCCCUCUCUCCCAGAAUGUUUUAAUUUAUGCAUUAUUAUUAUUUUUACUUUAUGCAUAUUAUAAGUUCAAAGGCGAGAAAGAAAGGUUAACAAUGAAGGAGGGUUAAAGUCAGGAGAAUAAAAGAAUUGGAUACAAAUGAUAUAAUUUCUUAAAAUGUUAGUGUUAUUUUUUAUUAUUUCCUUUUUUUUUUUUACACUAAUAAGGCACUAUACACCUAACACCAUAUUUAAAGAUUUUAAAUUGAAUAAAUAGAUAUAGGUAUAAAACAUAAAAAAUACAAUAAUGGAAAAAGAAAGGGGUAUAAGGACAAAGAGAAGGUAAAUAAUAAGACACAUAUUCACAUAAAUAAUACAUUUUACAUAGAUUCACAUUGAAUAGGUAUAUAGAAGUAUACAUAUACUUAUCUUUAUUAAACUAUAUAUAUGUAUUUCAAAGUAAUGGAUUCACAGAUAUGGCCUUUUUUAUGUAUAUUUAUAUUAUUACAUUUUUAUUAAUUAUAUUAUAAGUAUUUAUUUAUGAUUUUUCUUUUCUUUUUUUCUUUCACCAAGAAGGUUUUUGAAUUAGUAUAAAGGUAAUAUGUAACACUAUGGUUAGAAAUUAUCACAUUAAACAAAUGAAUACACAUAAAAUAUGAUAAGAAAGAGGAAAGAGGCACAAAGAUAAAAAGAUUGCACUUAAGAUGUCACAUACUCACACUAAUAAUAAUUUUAUAUUUAAUUUAAAACAAUGUCCUCAUACAGAUAUAUGUGUGUGUGUGUGUGUGUGUGUGUGUGUGUGUGUGUGUGUGUGUGUGUGUGUGUGUGUGUGUGUGUGUAUUUUAUUUUUGUUUUUUCCUUUCACAUGUUUGAUGCUUAACUAAUUUUAUCUAUAAGGAGGAGAGAGGAAAAGUAAAAUAAUACAUACAGUAAAAAGUUCUGGGGGAGAGGAGGAGAGGAGCAGGGGAAAGAAGAGAAGAGAGGAAUAAGUCAUUUCCCUAUCAAGUUGAAAAUUAUAAUUAUUAUGGAUACGGGAACACUGUCAUAAUAUAGAUCAGUAAGGGUACAAGAAAUAGGUAAUGAAAAUAAUUAAAUAUAUAUCAAUACUUAUGGUAUCUGUUAGAUUUACUAAGGUAUAUGAUCUUUUUUUUUUCCUGUCUUCUCUCUUUAUUCUCUCCUAGAAGAGAAACGUAUGUAGAGAUGUAUAUAGGUAUAUAUGAAACCAAGAGGGCUGCAUUUCAUUUAUAUAUUUGGGUGUCCAGGCCAACUCCUUGGUUUUGCACCCCUCCCUGUCACAGGUGCCUCAUUCCAGGACCCUAUUUAGCCUUGACUUGCAGAGAGUCCCAGUAAGGAAGUAUUUCCCAAGUAAGUGGAUUAAUCUCAUAAGGGCCAGCAUUAGGCUGCUAGAGUAGGACCUGCCAAGAAUGGGCUACAUUGACGUUGUGGCAGGCUUAUGCAAUAUAUGAUCAUAUAAUGUAACUAAACCCCCAUUAUUUUUGCCUAGGUGAGGUGUUUUUAAAUAAAACUAUUACAAUCUCUAAGAUUUAAAGUCAUUGUUUAGUGAAUAAGCGAGUGCACUUUAUUUUGUAUUUUGUAUGUAUAUAUAUAUAUGUGUGUGUGUAUACAUGUGUAUAUAUGUGUGUGUGUAUAGUCUUAAUUUUUAUUUGUUUGUGUACAGAAAAACUAUAGAUAAUGCUCUUCAAUAAUUAUAUAUAUACAAGUACAAAUAUACAAUAGCCGAUUCACACUCCAGGGGGAGUCUCCCUCACCUCCUGUAAUAGAUAUAAAAAGUAAAGGGUUAUAUACGCCAAGGUUUGAACAAACUUCUCACCUGUGGCAUAUAUUAUAAUGAAGCACUGGAAAUAGUAAGUGAAAUAGAUAAUAAUGUUGACUUACAUCCAAUUUUCACGUGGGGUAUUAAUUUAACAUAUUUAACAUUAAUUUAACAAAAAAGGGGGAGAGAGAAAAUAUAACACAGCAUAAAUCUGUAGAGAAUUUUUUUCAAAGGUAAUAGGAUUGAAUAAUAUCAACUCACAUUGAAAAGAGCCUCUGAUAGGACAGGCUCAAAUCACAGAUGCUUCUGUGCCGCCUGGUGGCACUUUACCCUUUAAUAAUGUGGAAAGUUGCCCUCAGAGAAAAACAUAAAAACGGAAAACCUCUAUGUUGAAGUAUCUAAUAUCCAUAUGGUGUUGGCAAUUUGAAAAGCAGACCAAUUGUCCUGAUGGUGAGACACAAAACAACGGAGGUAUUGCUCCAGAGACUGGUUGGCACGUUCAGCAGCCCCAUUAGACUGGGGAUGAUAAGCGGAAGAAAAUGAGAGAGAAAUACCCAUUUCUGAACAAAAGGCCCUCCAGAACCUGGAAAUAAAUUGGCUACCCCUAUCGGAUACAAUAGAUACGGGAAUCCCAUGUAAUCGAAAUACUUCUCUAGCGAAGAUAUGAGCCAGUUCCUUGGAUGUGGGCAACUUGUGAAGAGACACGAAGUGAGCCAUUUUGGAGAACCGAUCCACUAUCAUCAGGAUUACUGUGUUACCAUUUGAAGGGGGUAAUUCAACAAUAAAAUCCAUGGACAGGUUAGACCAAGGUCUCUCGGGAACGGGUAACGGAUGCAACAGCCCACAAGGAACUCUACGGGAGGAUUUCAUACAGGCACAAGUAGUACAAGCACUUAUAUAGUCAGUGACAUCCUUUCGUAAGGAAUCCCACCAAAAAUACCGAGAAACAGCUGACACCGUUUUGGAAAUACCAGGAUGUCCAGCAGUCUUAGUAUCAUGAUAUAAUGACAUAAUAUCCCGUCUCUCAGGAACAUCAACGAACAGUUUAUCAUUAGGCCUCUCGCUAGGUGCCAUGCUUUGUUUCGCUUGUAUGGCCUGCAAGAGGGACGAGGAAAUAGACAAAAUAGUAGUAGCUAUUAUCCUGUCUGGGGGAAUGACAGGAGUAACAUCAAUCUCCUGUUUGUCAGUAGUUUCGAACUGUCUGGACAGAGCGUCUGCUUUAGUGUUGCGAUCACCUGGCCUAUAGGUGAUAAUAAAAUUGAAACGGGACAAAAAUAGUGACCACCUAGCCUGCCUGGAAGACAAUCUUUUGGCUUCGCUAAGGUAGGAUAGGUUCUUGUGAUCCGUAAAAAUGAGGAUAGGAUCCUUAGUUCCUUCUAACAAAUGUCUCCACUCUUUAAGUGCUAAAAUAAUAGCAAGGAGUUCGCGAUUACCCACAUCAUAAUUUUUCUCUGCUUUGGACAUUUGUUUAGAAAAGAAGCCGCAUGGAUGCAAUGGCUUUUCAGGCGACUCUCUUUGGGAUAAGACAGCACCUACCCCAAUAUCCGAAGCAUCAACUUCAAGAAUAUAGGGCAGUGAGGGGACAGGAUGCUGUAAAAUAGGUGCAGAGGCGAACGUAGUUUUAAGAAAUUCAAAAGCCUGAAGUGCCUCGGUAGACCAAACACGAGUAUUGCCAUCCUUUUUAGUCAUACGGGUAAUAGGUGCUACAAUGGACGAGAAACCUUUGAUAAAACGUCUAUAAUAAUUGGAGAACCCAAGAAAACGCUGAAUAGCUUUCAGACCUUGCGGUAGAGGCCAUUCUAUUACAGCAGCAAGUUUCUGGGGAUCCAUACGAAAACCUUUAGCGGAAAUCAAAUACCCCAAGAACUGGACUUCGGUUUGGUCAAACAGACAUUUUUCUAGCUUGCAAUAAAGACCAUUAGCAAGAAGGGUCUUCAAAACUGUCGUAACAUGUCUGUGAUGAGUGUGUACCGUAUUUUUCGCUCCAUAAGACGCACCUCACCAUAAGACGCACCUAGUUUUUAGAGGAGGAAACCCAGAAAAAAAAAUAUUCUGAACAAACUGUUCCAUAGUGUUUCUUACCAUGGGACAGUUUGUUCAGAAUAUUUUUUUUUCUCCCCUGUCCCAUAAUGAUCUUUAACCCCCCUUUCCUCUGUCCCAUAGUGAUUGUUAACCCCUCCUACCCUGUCCCAUAGUGAUUGUUAACCCCUCCUACCCUGUCCCAUAGUGAUUGUUAACCCCUCCUACCCUGUCCCAUAGUGUUCUUUAACUCCUCCUCCCCUUGUCCAUUAGUGUUCUGAUCCCAUAGUGUCCCCCCUCCCAUUGUCCCAUAGUGCACUUUCCCUCCCAUAGUGUCCCCCCUGCCCCCAUAGUGUCUCCCAUAGUGUCUCCCCCAUAGUGUCUCCCCCUCCCCUUGUCCCAUAGUGUCCCCCCCUCCCUUGUCCCAUAGUGUCUCCCCCUCCCCUUGUCCCAUAGUGUCCCCCCUCCCCUUGUCCCAUAGUGUCCCCCUCCCCCUUGUCCCAUAGUGUCUCCCCUCCCUUUCUCCCAUAGUGUCUCCUCCCCUCCCCUUGUCCCAUAGUGUCUCCUCCCCUCCCCUUGUCCCAUAGUCUCCUCCCCUCCCUUUCUCCCAUAGUCUCUCCCCUCCCUUUCUCCCAUAGUGUCCCAUCCCCUUGUCCCAUAGUGUCUCCCCCUCCCCUUGUCCCAUAAUUACUUACCUGUCUUGGAGCGUGGGCCGGCUUCACAGCGCGCUCCGCGGUCCAGGAACUUCUAUUUCAGGUUCCGGUUUCCGGCGGGACUGAAAGGAAGUGUGCACACUUCCUUUCAGUCCCGCCGGAAACCGGAACCUGAAAUAGAAGUUCCUGGACCGCGGAGCGCGCUGUGAAGCCGGCCCACGCUCCAAGACAGGUAAGUAAUUCUUCACAUUCGCUCCAUAAGACGCACAGACAUUUCCCCUCACUUUUGAGGGGAAAAAAAGUGCGUCUUAUGGAGCGAAAAAUACGGUAUAUCUGUAGAAUAUAUUAAAAUGUCGUCCAAGUAUACGAUAACAAAUGUGUGAAUAAAAUCUCUUAAGACAUCAUUAAUAAAUUCUUGGAAUACUGCUGGGGCAUUGCAAAGCCCAAAUGGCAUAACAGUGUAUUUGUAAUGACCGGAUCUAGUGUUGAAUGCAGUCUUCCAUUCGUGAUUUUCCUUUAUACGUAUCAAAUUGUAUGCAUUCCUAAGGUCUAAUUUAGUGAACACAGUGGCAUGUUUCAGCCUGUCAAAUAAUUCUGUAAUUAAAGGUAUAGGGUAUGCAUUUUUGAUAGUGAUUUUGUUUAGACCUCUAUAAUCUAUACACGGUCUUAAAUCACCUUCUUUCUUCGAUACAAAGAAGAACCCUGCUCCAGCUGGAGAAGAGGAUCUCCUAAUAAACCCCUUUUCUAGUGAUUCCUUAAUAUACUCCUCCAUGGCACGGUUUUCUUGAACCGAUAAGGGGUACACCCUGCCCUUUGGAGGUAUAGUGCCAGGCAACAAGUCAAUAGCGCAAUCAUAGGGUCUGUGAGGCGGUAAUUUCUCAGCCUCCCUUUUAUCGAAAACAGUCUUUAGAGAUAAAUACUGAGGGGGUAUAACCGUAGACAAAGGAGGACUGGUAGGUACCUCAAUAGAAUUCAAAGGUGUGACUUCCAACGUACAAGACUCGUGGCAGGUCUCACUCCAUGAUUUUAUUUGCCCUGUCUCCCAGUCAAAAAUGGGAUUGUGAGCACGUAACCAUGGAUACCCUAAUACUAACUGUGAAGAGGGAGAGGUGAUGACCUGGAAUCGAAUGGUUUCAUAGUGUAAAACCCCUGUGUACAUGUGUAAUGGUACAGUCUCAUGAGUAACAACUGGAGAACUUAAUGGUCUACCAUCUAUGGCCUCAACGGCCAAGGGUAUCUCCUUCUCUCUGAUGGGAAUGUUGUUUCUCUUUAUAAAGCCAGAGUCUAUAAAAUUUUCAGCUGCCCCAGAGUCAACCAGAGCAUAUAUGUUGUCAACUAUACAAAUCUCUCCCAUAUAUAAAGAAACCGGGAGAAGCAAGCGGUUAGGAGGCAAUUUAGGAGACUUAGAUAUCACACCCAAGGCCAGUCCCCUAUAAGGUCUUAGGUGCGAGAGUUUUCCGGGAGUAAAGGACAUUCCUUUACCAUAUGGUCUCUCCUACCACAGUAUAGGCAGAGUCCCUCCCUUCUCCUAUGUAAUUUCUCAGUAUCAGAGAGUUUGGCAACCCCUAAUUGCAUAGGUUCCUCCUCAGACACUUUAACACUCUCUGGUAUAUUAACUCUGGGGUUAAUGGGUGUAACAAAACGUCUAUUCCUGUUCUUGGUAUAGAGCCUGUCACGAAUUCUAUUAUCUAUAUCAAUGAGGUAAUCGAUAAGGUCCUCUAAGGCAAUAGGAAGCUCCUUAGCUGCUACCUCAUCCAAUAUCGUAUCUGACAAACCUUCCAUAAAGGCAGUAGUUAACCCAUUGUUGGUCCAAUCUACCUGCGAAGCAAGAGUGCGAAACUGAAUAGCAUAAUCAGCCACAGACCUAGAACCCUGUUUAAUUCUCAUUAAUGCUCUCGCGGCAUUCUUUGACCUUUUCAUUGUGUCAAAAGUUCUACGAAAAGCCGUAAGAAAACUGUUGAAAUCAUGUACCAUAGGUCCAUUAGCUUCCCAAAUAGGAUUUGCCCACUCAAGUGCCUUAUCGGUAAGUUGGUGCAUAAAGAACCCAACCUUAGACCUCUCUGUGGGAAAUGAACGUGGAUACAUUUCGAAGUGGAAUUCAAUUUGAUUAAUAAACCCUCUGCAAGUCUUAGAGUCCCCUCCAUACCUAGGAGGAGGUGUUAAAUGGGCCGAAGUAUUAGGCAAAGUAGAUACUUCAGGGAGAAGGGGCGUAGGAGGGUUAGGUGUGGUUGCUGGAACGGUUCUAGCUAGGAGCGUCUGGAGAGCCUGAGCUAUCUGAUCCAUACGGUGAUCCUGCUCUACAAAUCUUGCCUCAUGGGACGCCAUCUGUUGAGCUAAAUCUGCGGGGUCCAUGGCCCUAUCGUAAUGUAACGAGAAUAUACCCCUACACGCAGGAUCCAGCUAAACAGAGGCAAAUACAGAGGAGAGAUACGUCUACCGGACCUUAGAAUGGCCGGACUCGACGUAUAUGAGAGGAGACAGAGCCAGGAACAAACCGAGGUCAAGGGCACAGAGAGACAGCGUAAACUAGGACAAGCCGGGUCUGGUACACGGAAAACAGCAAGCCGGCAAACAGUACAGAUAAGGAUAAAGCGAAAACGAAGUCAGAAUACGAAGCCAAAGUCAAUACGAGAAAACACAACUGAACACCACAAGCGCUAAAGGGAACUGAAACAGAAACCACGAUAGGGCAACGAGCUAAGGGAAAAAGGUAAGUUUAAAUAGCUUUUAAACGAAAGUGAUUGGCUCCUGUCACUUCCACACCCCCUAUAGGUAAUUGUACAGGGAGUGUGGUAUGACAGGAGCCAAUGGGAGCCUUUUGGCAAUUAGGCUCCCACUGUCUCUUUAAGAGCGCGCCCGAGACUCGCGGCGCGCUCUUAGUUUCAGGCGGGACACGUGACCGCUUCACGCGGUCACUGCCCGCCUUCCAUCUAAAGCAGUCGGAUGAGCCGCGCGCGGCUCGUGCAGCCGCAGGACCGCGCGCGGCUUGAAGAGAGGACCGCGACCGGCCCCCGGUUAAGGUAAGUAACGCUACACAUGCUUCAUUUGGUCACAAAGGACUUCGGUCUAUCUUUUGAACCACUGGACCAAUUUGGAUGAUUUUGACAUAUGUUUGUAUUUGGAGUAUACUGAUUCUGAAAAUGUAAGUUUAUGUGAAUGUGAUGCAUACUUUUCAAGUUAUAAAUAAUAUGGAAAAACUGUAUUUCUCCUCUUGUAAUAAUUACAUUACCCAUUGUGUAAGGUAAUUGUAUCACAGGCAGAGGGGAGGAUUUUGUGUGGGAGUGUCUGAGUGUAUUGUACAUGUUUAUUGGUUGUUUUCCAAAACCCUGUGGGUGGUACUAAUGUGUAAGAAUGUGUACAUAAGAACAAUAAACCCACAGCUCUGUCUGUUCACUGCUUGACCCUCAACACGGAGCUUUGUCUCAUUCUUGGGGGGAUUUAUUGUAUGCUGUUCCAGUUUGACUGCUAGGAGUGUAAACCUAUUCGUAUGUUUUUUCCUAUUCGGCUGUUUACAGCAUUCGUAUGGUUCCGGUUCAGCUGUUUACAGCAUUCAGGUGCUUCUCCGGUUCGGUGGAUUGGUGUCUACAGUAGCUGCCUGUAUAUCUGGAAGGGAAUAUCCUCUAAACGGCUGUUAACCCCUUUUAUGCCUGGGGGUGCCGUUACACUGAUAAAGUUUGAAAAUAACACUUUGCGCUAUUACUUAGAGGCAAAGUCCAGAUAGGUGUCAUGGAGGUUGGUGUGAAUCAGGAUGGCAGGAUAGUAGCAUAGAUUAGACUAGUUUGGAGCAGGUUGGUAUAAGGUCGGUUGGCAGGCUAAAGCAGGAUAGAAACGUAGGUUAUGCUGGUUUGCAGCAGGUUGGUAUAAAGAUAGUUGGCAGGCAUGGGCGUCCGCAGGAAUAUUUUUUGGGGGGUCAUAAUUGUAAUGACAUCCAUGGUCGGCCCCAUUUUGACAGUGUCAUGAAGGGGAGGGGCAUAGUCAUUAGCACAUAAAGUGCAAGCAGGCAAAGAGUUAAGAAACCUGAUGGAAAAUCUUAUUAGAAGAAUCAAGUUGACAUUGUCUGAUUUAAGUAUUGCAAUGUCUAAUCUGUUUUAAUAUUAACACUAUUCAAUGCAUCCUAUUAGUCAUACAACCAUGAUCAAGGCACUAUCACUGAAUUAUAAAAAUAAAAGUGUGUAAUCUACAUUUCGUGUUACAUUUGGCCACAGCAAAAUGCACAGCACCAGAUUGCACCCACAGCACUUUUCACUUGACAGCAACAGAUUGCACCCACAGUGCCAGAUUUCACUUUCAACAGUCCCAGACUGCAAACAACGCUAUUGCCACAUCAUAAGAAGUGGUGUUAUCAGAAUCUGUUCAGAUGUUUAAACAGCAACUUGAUGCAUACUUGCAAAACAUAAUAUUCAAAUAUGUAAUUUUUCAAUGCAGGGUAAAUGCUUCUUGAUCCAAGGAUAAAUUUGACUGCCAUUCUGGGGUCAAGAGGGAAUUUUUUUCCUAGUUUAUUGCAAAUUUGGAGGUGCUUUAAACUGGGUUUUUUUGCCUUCUUUUGGAUCAACAAAAAAACAAAUGUGAGGAAGGUUGAACUUGAUGGACACAUGUCUCUUUUCAGCCUAUGUAACUAUGUGCCUAACUAUGUAACUAUGUAUUCCCUCCGACUACAUCUGACAAGUCCACUUCCUAGCUGCCACAAGGGACCCUGGAACGCUUUAGCCCCAGUUGACUGGGGUCUCUCCCUAACUUUUCCACCAGACCCUACUUCAGUUCUGUUCUUCUGGGCAAGCACCCUCAUGCUUCUUCAGUUUUUCAGACAUCAACAGCUCUGCUUAUAGUGAUUGCUCCUGUCUUUACAAAGACACAUGCGGCCCCUAGGCCUAUCUCUAUUUUUUAUUUGUCCUGGACUAGAGGGAUUGUGUAGCCAGCCAACAGGUCCCUAGACUCUGUUACUGGGAUACCUAAAAAUACACAAAAAUACACAAAGGACACACAGUUCCAAAAAGAAGUAACAUACAAUUAUUUAUUUUCGACAAGGACUAAAGUAAAGGACUAGUUUUUAAACAUGUGCUGACAAACAUUUAAAAUACAAAUAUAUAGAACAUUGGAGAACGAGCAACUAUAAUUAAUACAUGACCUAAAUAAUACAAAUAACAUUUUCAAUCACGCUAAAACUAAAUUUUAUAUAUAUAUAUAUAUAUUUAUAUAUAUAUAUAUAACUGUUUAUUUGGUUGCCUUUUUUUGCAUACCAGCAUUAUACAGAUGUACAAACUUCCAUUCAGCCACCAGAGGGUGCUGUAGAGUUAUCCAGUAACAAUGAAUCAUUUGUUUUUCAACAGCUAUCAUCACAUGCCUUUCCGGGGCUUUUGGGACCAGGUCUAUAGUCUGUGGGCAAGAGGAUGGCCUUCAAGCCUCUACAAAAGGCUAUGGCAUGGGAGCUUCUGUCACACUUUCCUUAGCCACCUGGGAAGUGGCUUAACAGCUAUCCAUCCAUUUCUUGUCUUCUUCAUUAGCUUUGACAUCAUGGUCUUGACAAUAUGUAUUUUUUUCUGUGUUAAUUGGCAUUCUUUAAAAUUGAAUUGGUUCUUGUAUGUUUACAUUUUGGAAAUAUUGAUUGUGAUAUGUGUUAUAAGAUUUAUGAUAAAAUUGUUUAAAGCUGUACUGUUAGUUUCUUGCAGCUGUGGACUUUGUAUUUAUACAUUUAUCUGUGUUUAUAUGUGUUGAAAAUAAAUUUGUAACACAUUUCUAAAUGAUUUGCAAUUAUGUAUUUAUUUUGGUUGGGGAAUCUGCUGUGCUUCUUACUGAAUUAGGUUGUAUUUCUAUAUGUUUUGUCAUUUUAUUUUAUGAGAUUUGGGGGUGGGGGUUGUAACAUUUUACAUUCGUAAUAAUGUAUCAGUUAUUCCUCUAUUCAGAUUUAUUGGCUAUUUAAUUUGUCUGUACAAACUAACAAUUAAUUUGUAAUAUCUAUUUUCAUCUAUGUGUGUGGUUCCUCUUACCUUGAGUAUUGGGUAGUGUUAUUAGUGUCUUUGUUUUUCUUAAUUACUAUGUUUUAGUUAGUUAAUUAGUGUUUUUUUAAUUUUUGCUUAUAUGGUUUUGUAUCUUUUAUAACGCCAAAAAUAAGGGUUUUAUGUAUUUUUUUUAAAGUAACACAAUUUAGCAAUAAUUAUCCAUGUAUUGUUCAACUGGGCCUCUGGACAGUCAAGCCUCAUUCCUCUGAUGGUGAGAUAAGUAUUUCAUUUAUAUUAUCUUUUUAUUUACUUUAGUGGAUAUGACCAGUUUUCUGUGGAUUAUUUGACAUUAUGAAUUCAAUCAUUUUGUUGGAUUUUCAAAUGGUCUCAUGUUUUUAACCUACUUUUAAUGUGAAUUAAUUGUGAAAAAUAUUUUGUAAUAUUCUGUUAUUUUUUUAUAUAUUGGUGUUUUUUUAUAUAUUUUUUUGUUUUAUUCUUUUAUGAACAAAAGCAAUGUUACAAAAGACUGGAAAUCACUAUGUUACUGUUUUAACCCACCAAUUGAUACUGUUUGCCACUGCAUAAGUUAAGCAGAAAACCACGAAUGGAUUGCGCGAACCCUUAUGAAAGCUCCAUUCGUGGUACGAACGGGGGACCCCCCAGAAACUGGCGUGUGCCGCCACUUAACCCCGUCACCCCGCAAACUACCGAACGGUCGACCACCCGGCCCUCGGAGUAUGGCAGCCAUUAACCACCCAGGUGUCUGCGGUUUGCGGUUAACCACAACGUAAUUGGUAGGCCUGGGGGCAUCGACGUUCGCACCCAAAGUACCCAAGGGAAAAUACCGAACUAUCAACCGAACGACGACCCCCUACAGCGGGUCGCGUGGCGCUCGUUAACUUGUGGUUUCUGCGGUUAACCGCAGGUCAAGUACCCUGCUCCCAGGUGGUCCUCAUUCCCUUACCGAACGAGCCCACUACCAGACAGACAGCGGGACUUCGCAUGAACUGAUCCCGAGUUUAGUUCCACGAGUUAGACACGAAGUCCCGCUGCUCGCUAAACCAGCAGAAAACAUGGCCGCCAACAAAGACUAACAACCUCAAAAUGCCGAACGGACUUUAUAUGGCAGAAACAGUACAUUCUGUUUGUGGGGUUAGAGCGCCAUUCGCCUGUUUUAUAUACACGAACGCGAGCCUUCAGAUGAAGGGUAGAAUGAGCGGUUUUCAUGUAUUAAUAUAAAAGUUAUGGAUUUUUAUGCAGUUUUCUGGGACAUAAUAAAACGUGGUCUUUUGUGCGCUUGAAGAUAAUUAGAUUGUAUAACCGUUGGCCUCAUUAUCUCCAAGCUGGGCGGGUACUGAUUCAAAUAAUACACUGUACUGUGAUUGGAUAUUUGUCUGUACUGUACCUGUAUUCCAUCAGGUCCACAGGGGGCUGUCCUUGGACCUGAGGAAUCACAUAAAUUGCCAUGCUAUGUGCCAGUAAAGCCAGUUCGUUUUGACCCUCAACUUGCAGCCUCGACUCAUGUUGUAGGGAUCCGGGAUAUUGAUGCUUAUAUCGUGCUUGGGGAUAUUCUACAUUUGCAGUUUACUACCGAAAGACCUCCGUUCGACUCUCUGCAGCGGGAACCAGGACAUCCAAGCGAUCAACCCUCCUGCUAGACCGGGGGCAAUCGUAACAAGCAAUAUGUCCACAAGUAGUGAUUUUUGUAAAAUAUGUUCUAUAAAGGGGAAAAAAACAUAAAACUAUUUUGUUACUGGUAGUAAAAAUAUUAAAGAGCAACUUAGCUGUUGGCUAUUCUUCCACUCUCUCUUCCAUUCAUUUAUCCUCAGACACAUACUUACUCUCUUGUUGCACAUUCUUCCAUCUCAAUCUCUCCGGCUGCGUUAGGCUUUAAACUAGUGCAAUCGCAACUUUCUCUCAGCAUCUUGUACGGCUUUCUUAUGGCUCUUCCCACCCGUGUUUGCUUCCCUCUCUUCACAUUCAUUUCCACACUCAAUUGACAUGUGGUCAUCAUUCUCUGGCAUUCCGCUCCAGCCAGAUUAGUUUUGGUGGUUUUCUCUCUGCUUCGGGCCCCUGCUUUCUGCCCUGAGGGAUCCUGAUGUGGUGGUUCUCCACAUGGACUGUGGGGUAUUUUCUAGAUUGGGCUAGGAUAGCCGUUUUUACCGAGACAUCCCUGGUGACCGCUAUGAUUUGGAGUUUUUUAAUGUCUACUUUGGUGGAAGGUUAGGCAUCAGAGUCAGAUUCUACCAGAUUCUACCUUCUGGUGUAUUUCACUUGAAGUCCACGGGACCCUGAUUCUUUCUUCAUCCUGUGACACUUCGGAGUCACUUGAGCCUCGCGGCCCUUUAGACGCCAUCUUGUGUUGUGGCCUGUCAAAGGACCAGCGAAUGACUGGUAAGUGGGAGCUCUCUGAGUGGCCCAACUUGUGAUUUUUUUCACCCCAGGUCACUGCUGGGGGGUCAAAGUCUCAGUUGUUGUGGUUACUCAGGAUUUGGGGCUGUUUUCGUGGUAAUUUGCUCGAUAUUUUGGUGGUGGGAGCCUAGUUAGGAGCCUAGUUAGGAUCACAGCUAGCCACGCCCCCAUUUGAUAUUUUAACAUUUUGAAAAAGAUAUUUUAAAAGUUUUAAAGAUAUUAACUCAUUUUAAAAGCAUAUGAAACAAUAUUAAAUCAAUGCCAAUGUUACCACAUUUAAAAAAAAUAUUUUACCAGUAAAGUUGCGUUUAUAUUUCUCUCAUUUUCAAGUAUGGCAUACUUAGUUCUUCAUGAUAUGGAAUGAUAGGUAUGGAACAAAGAUAGGACUUGAUAGUGUAGUAUGCUAUGGUCAAAAAGGAGUAGAAUAAAGAAAUGCACUUACUACACUAUAUUGGUGCCUAAUUUAGCUCCACUUAGCUCCUAAUUAAGCUUCAAACAGAGCUCUUAUUAAGCUCCACUUAAUGCGCUUGAGUGGUACAUCCCCACUUAUGAGUAUUCUGAAAGAUAUGUAAUGAAUCACACAGAAAAAAAAAAUACACCAAUAUAGUUUAGUAUAUCUGGUAAAUGAGUACUGGGUCAGUAAGUAAAUCAAAAUGCACUCACAUAUUCCAGAUCCUGAGCACUGAUUAACUAGAGCCAUUUGGAAGCUCUGGAAUAUGUCAGUACAUUUUCAUUUGAAUUCUAGCAGUCACAGUUGCACUAUUUGUAUUUAUAUUCCUGUUUUACAUGUUAUAACAGAAUACAUAGCACCAACAAAUUAUAGAGGAAAGUAUACUAAAUUAUUAGUACUCCAUUCAUAUAUUGUUUUGGAUGUUCCACUGUAACAAUUUAUUUUUGCGUAUUUUAUAUCGGGUGGGGUUUAUGGUAGUUAUACUUACAUGAGUGCAAUAGCAGCUUGUACACUUAUUUGUUAGAUUAUUGUUAUAAGCAUCUCUGUUUCACACUUUCAUCAUUUGUUUUGAUAUUUAUUUAUAAUUUAUAUUGUAAUUAAUUCCCUGAAGAUUGUAGUUUGGGAUUUACACAGAAUACAUUUGUACAUUUAUAGGAGAGAUGCAUAUGUACAUUUCCAUCUGGGUUAAUCAUUAUAUUAAUCAGAGAUAAAAGGAAACACUUGAUUAUUUAAGAUCAGACUUUGCCAGGUUGAUCUGGGUUUGUUAGAUUAAAUACAGCAAUGUCUAAAUGAGCUCUAGAAGCCCAUUAGACACAAAAAGGUCCCUUGUAAUAUGUAAAAGAUAUAAAGAAAAAGCACAACUUUAUUGCAAAACAGAAAAGAAAAACUUACAUAACUAAAAGAGACAAAUGAAAAAAAUAAAUAAAAAACACCCUAUAAAAAGCCAAAAUGGUUCGAAAGCUGAAGGGGAGGUAAUUCUAAAUCCUACCUCAAUGUUGCUUUUAAUACAACCUAGCCCAGUGGCCUAAUGGAUAAGGCAUCAGCCUCCGGAGCUGGGGAUUGUGGGUUCAAGUCCCACCUGGGUUGAUAUGUUUUUACCACAACAAGAGGACAUAGUCUUAAAUUAGAGGUACAAAGGUUUAAAAAUAAUAUCAGGAAGUAUUACUUUACUGAGAGGGUAGUGGAUGCAUGGAAUAGCCUUCCAGCUGAAGUGGUAGAGGUUAACACAGUAAAGGAGUUUAAGCAUGCGUGGGAUAGGCAUAAGGCUAUCCUAACUAUAAGAUAAGGCUAGGGACUAAUGAAAGUAUUUAGAAAAUUGGGCAGACUAGAUGGGCUGAAUGGUUCUUAUCUGCCGUCACAUUCUAUGUUUCUAUGUUUCUAGCGUCUCUCCCAAGAACCACAAGCUACAUUGAGACAUUGUCGUAUUUAGUCUUACUUAUUAAUGUGGGUUAACCCCAUAAGUGAUUUCCUUAGCAUACCAUUUAGUUUAUUUAUAUUUUCUGUUCACACCUUUGCCUUUCUCCACUUUUCAGGCUGCAAAUUUCUAGAAUAAAUCCUUGUUUGUUUAAUAUUAUAAAGGAUUAUAAAAGAAAUUAGAGAUACAACAAAAGUUACAUAGUUUCUACUAACUGCCCUGUCAGAUAAUCUAUGAUGAAGGGAAAGGAAAAGAGAAAGAAACGAUUAGUAAAGUAAUGGUGGAAACAAAGAAGAAAAGAAGGGUGAAGGAGACGGGGGGGGGGAAAUGGUGCCUUAAGCACAUACAAUAAUGUGGAGAUCUAGAAGGCAGUUAAAAAGUCCAAAAAGAAGGAAAUUUACAAACUAAAAAAGAGUAAUAUUAUUUACUGAGCACAAGUCACCAUAGAAACAACUGAUGGGGCAAGUCAAGACUCUUACCACUAAUAGUAAUUGAGAAUGCAAUUUAUAGGACCUAGAUUGGUGGUCCAGAACUGGACUAAAAUAUGUAUUGCUAGUUUGUUUUUGUUUUGUAGGAAAGGCUCUGGGUAUGUUAUAUUAUUGUUGAGUAUUCAGUUUGAUUUGGUGAUUUAUCAUUUAUGUUGUAACAAAAUAGGGAUUAUAUAUUUUGAAAACGGGAAAGGCAUACUGGAUACAAUUUAAAAAAUCAUGUUUUUUCCACCCUCCUUUCGCUCUUUCUAUUUCUCUAUACAUGAACAGAGUUACCAAAGAGACACAUGUCCAUGCAUAUUAUGGUUAAGAUACUCAUCCCCAGGGCUAAUCGAGACUGUAUUUUACAGGACUCCAAUAGUUGGUCCAGUUUUGGACUAAUAUAUCCACUGUUAACCUUAUUAGGAAAUAUUUUAUGUGUAUGUUUUAUUACUGUUCGGUUCUUUGUGAUAGUGAUUUGUGAUGGUUAUUUGGAGUUAUUUGUGUCCUUUUUUCUCUCUCUCUCUCGCUCUCCUCAUCCUUACAGUUCCCCCUCUUACUUGCCACCUGCUAAAAUUGCAAUGACCUUUCUUGUGGAAAUAUUAAGAGUAUUUGAAAUUAUUUAAUGGGGGGGGGAGGGGAGAGGCGGCUGGCUAGCAUGGUGUAUGGCUGUGUUCUUAAUGAAUUCCUCACAUACAGCUUGAAACUUGAACAUUCUGCUCGGAUUGUAAGUUCAAAGGGAACUCUAGCGAAUACUUACCUCUCUUUGUCCACUCAGGAGUUUUUUUCUGAGAGUUUUAGCACUUCUGAACCACAUGCAGAAUUGAUUUUGAGGCCUAUGCACCAGGGCAGGGGCGUACCUAGAGCAUUUUCCUCCGCUCUAGGUACGCCCAUCUUUAAAAUAUAGAAAACACUCAAGUAUAUAUUAAAUGUUUUCAAGAAUACACACCCUUCCAAAAAGUAUACAACCCCAAUUCACAAAUAAAACCCUGCACCCCAUUUCAUAAAUAAAUACACCACCCAUUCAAAAAUAAAUCCCUGCACCCACCUUCCAUAAAUAAAUACACCCCCUUCACAAAUAAAACCCUUUACCCCACUUCAAUAAAUAAAUACACCCUCCUUCACAAAUAAAACCCUGCACCCCCCUUCCAUGAAUAAAGACACCUCCCCUUCACAAAAAAGCUCUGCACUCCUUACAUUCUGGACUCACAAUUAUAGAUGACUCGAUGGAGAAUGCUUCUCUCUGCUCCGGCCUCACUACUGCCUGCAUUGCCGACCUCACAUAAGAGUUGAUCCUUCUGCUACUGGAGUUCCGUGAAGACAGAUAGGCAGCGCCCGUCGGCGUGACGUGGAACGCUUCAACACUCCACCCCAUCCUUCCAAUGUAUAUAUUGCUGGUCCCUUCCAAUAUAUCCUCAUAAAUACAACCUUAAGAAAUGUCAAACAUAUGAAGAAGUGAUUCACUCAUUGGAGUAUGGGUCAAAGAAGGUCCUCAAAAGGCAUCAGUCUUAAUUUAUUAAAAAUUUUGUUCCAUAAUUAAAAAAACAAAAAGUACACUUACACUUUGAAAAGUACUAUCAAUCAAUGGAAAUACAGCAAACAUACUACAGACCUCGGUUUACAAAUUUAAUGCGUUCAGUCUGUAAAUUUAGGAUGGGUCUCCACCCUACCGAGGAGUUUUCGGUCAGAAAUAGGUGUGAAUAGAAGCCGUGAGUCCUUUCUAACUCAGGGACUGGUACAAUGACGCCUUCUUUUUGUAGAGAAGAAGUGAAGACCUGGAAAGCAAGCCUUUUUACUUUGCCUCCCGGCCAUUUUGUGAUUUGGAAGGAACUGGUAGGAGGGUGUUUGCAAAAUUCUAGAAGAUAUCCCCUUCUGAUGAUAUCCAGAACCCAGUUGCCGCUUACGGAAUUGGAGUAAGCGAGCUCCAACACCGCUUGACAGGGAGAUCAGCCCGUCACAGAUUCCUGGGGUUCUUGGAGGGUGCGGAACCUCGGGGCUUGCUGACUCAAGCACCAUGUUGACCACUCCUCCAGGAUUGAUUUCUCCCAUAUUCCUUACCCGGUCUGUAGGAUCUGCUAUCACAAAAUGGGUAAUAAUCCCUUUUUGCACGAAAGGAACCUUUGGGCCUGUAGUCUUGAGGCAGGAAGGCCUUUUUACCUUUGGCUGCUCGUUUAAUACAAUCAUCCAGAUUCUUGCCGAAUAGCAUGUCGCCAUGAAAAGGAAGGGAGCACAAGCUGCCUUUGGAGGAGGCAUCAGCAGACCAUGAUCUGAGCCAUAGCGCUCUCCUGACCGAAACUGAAAGAGCCAUAUUUCUGGCUAAGGACCUCACCAGAUCCACCGCAGCCUCAGACAAGAAGUCAACAGCCAAUUUCAGAUCCUUCAGGCUGUCCAGUACAGAGGGACGGCUCCUGCCGUUCUUAAUAUCCUCCUCAAAAUUCUCCAUCCAAACCUUAAGCACCCUGGAUACUGACAUAAGGGCCACUGCUGGGUGCAGGCCAGUACCUAAAGCCACAUACACUUUGGAAAGACUGAAGUCCAUCUUUCUGUCGAUAGGGUCUUUGAAGGAACCCGCAUCAUCAACAGGCAAAGUGGUAUGUUUGGCCUAACCUAACCAUCUAACCACGGCCGCAUCCACCUUGGGAGCGGAAUCCCACGCUUCAGCGUCAAGGUCCUCAAAAGGAUACAGUCUGGAAAAUCUUCCUUUUACGGAGGAUUUUCUGUCCGAUUUGGACCAUUCCUCCUUAAUGAGGUCUUUUAUAGUCUCAUGGACUGGAAAAGUCGUCCUCUUCCUCCUGAGGUCAGAGAAGUGGCGACUGGAUGUGGAAGGCUCAUCCUUAGAAGAUUCCUUCAAACUGAGAGUCUUGCGGACCCUGGAUAUCAAAUGGUCAAUUUCAGCAGGUUCCGGGAAAUCUGGAGCUGGAAGCACCUCAUCCUCAGCAGAAGAACCCAGAUCUUUCAGGAAUACCAUAGUCAUACACUCCACAUCAGAGACGUCUGGAGAACACUCCGAAGGUUCCAAACACCUUGGUCGCUUGCGAGACUUCCCAGAUUCCUGACUUCCCAGAGCGACUGCUUGUGAAAUAUACUGCAUUAUGUAAGGCGCAGGUUGGAUGGAGGACUGCCUUUGAGAUGGGCCUGCAGCCACAGACAGGCAAGAAAAACAUAGACGUUUCCCCUCCAGGGCUCUGUAUCACAGGAUACACAUUGUGUCCUUCUGGGCGACUUCCCUUUGGAUGACACUGAAGCUUUAGUCCCAUUAUAACUGCAGAAAUAGGGAUAGAACAGUGUAUCAGUGAUCCGCACUCUUUUAAAUACUAGACAAAACAAACCAGAAAAAGCAUGGCUUACCUAUCAGACUUAGGUUGUGACCUUUUGUGAGGUGGGGAAGAAUCAGAAUCAGAGGAAUUUGAGACUUCCAUAUCCAUCUGCAGAACCAAAUGCAAGAAAGAAUCUCAUAUUGAAUUCAGAACAAAUUGAAGGAUACCACUUUAAAAAAUAAAAAGACAUUUACCUUAAUGAAAAGCAGACGAAACGAAAAGCAAUGCAACAUUCACCAGAAUGAUUCCCACGAGUGUGAGAACCAGGAGGCUGUAAAAUAGGCGUUUGACAUCAAACGAAGAGCUUUCACCUGUGUGAAUCAGACUACAAAACAGGCGAAUUUUCUGACGAAUUUACAGGCGAAUUUACAGGCGAACGAACGGGCGAACAAGCCAUUCAUGUGAACAAACAAACGUUCAACAAAAUUCGUGCGAAUGGCUAAAAUUCAUGCGAAAAAACGAACACCAAGUGAAAAUGAAAGAAAGCAAAGGGACUUACCCCUUCAGAAGGUGGGCGGAAAAGGCAGAGGGAAGCCGGAAACAGGGAGAAGUCCAGACCAGCAAGGUACACGUCCAGGUCUAUAUUCACCUGCCCACUGCUACCCCUAGGAUCACUGCAGCAUUAGGGAACCAGACAUAACAGCUUGCUACCCCUUGGGUUACAGCAAGUACCAGACAACCGGCCACUAAAGGGGUACUCUCCAGGGGGUCACCUUUGCGCAGUGCCAU